GAAGAAUUGCACACACACGAGGGAGGACAACCAACAACGAUGAUGAGCUGUGGUGGCAGGGUUGCUGCUGGUGGUGGCAGGGCGUUGCGGGUGUUUAAUGGGCUGACAAGGCAGCUGGAGACGGUGAACCCGGCCGGGGUGAACGAAAGAGGGUGGCUGACAUGGUAUCAGUGUGGACCUACGGUGUAUGAUCACUCGCACAUCGGACAUGCAGUGUGCUUCCAGCGCUUUGACAUCUUGAGGCGCGUCAUGGAACGCCACUUUGGGAUGCAUGUGCUGCAAGUCUGGGGCAUGACAGACAUUGACGACAAGAUCAUUCGGAAGGCACACACAGAGCAGCGUCACUGGCAGGAUAUUGCUCGGCAAUAUGAGGAAUCGUUCUUCCAAGACAUGGCUGCGUUGAAUAUCCUUCCACCAGCCCAUAUCACGCGCGUCACGGAACACAUCGACGAGAUCAUUGAGUUCAUACAGGGGAUUCUUGAUCGAGGGCACGCGUACGUGACGCCGAGUGGCGUGUACUUUGAUCUUCAAGCCUUUGGUGAGGACAAGUACGGCCGCUUAGGAAAAGGGGUGCAAUCCACAGCAGCAGCGUCAACACGUGCAGAUGCAGAUGCGGGUGCUGCUGCCGACAGCAACGACGCUGCACAUAAGCGACACCGUGCAGACUUUGCGCUGUGGAAGCGCGGUGACGCUGGGGACCCAACAUGGGACGCUCCAUUUGGCAAAGGCAGACCAGGGUGGCACAUUGAGUGCUCUGCCAUGGCAAGCAAGUACCUUGGGCAACACAUCGACAUUCACACGGGCGGAAUCGAUCUUCUGUAUCCGCAUCACACAAACGAGCUUGCGCAAUGUGAGAGCCACUAUGGCCACUGCGACUGGGUGCGGCACUUCUGGCACACAGGACACCUCACAACGCGCAGCGAGAAGAUGUCAAAGUCGCUUGGAAACACAAUCGCCAUCAAGGACUUUCUGCAGUCACACACACACAACGACCUGCGCAUGCUCUGCCUGCAAUCCCGCUAUCGAUCAGACAUUGCGUUCAGCGACAGCGACGUGACGGCGGCAUCUCGUCUUCUCCAGCGCCUCUCCUCUUUCGUCGCCAACAUGGACGCCACCACGCCAUUCGCCCCUCCGCAAACACAGAGUCUGCGGCCAUCGCCGGCGUGUGUGGAGUUAAUGGAAACCAUGUGCACAUCCGCUGCUGCCCUGGACGCUGCUCUCUGUGACGACUUUAACACACCCCAGGCCCUCAAGAUUGUGAAUCAAGUGGUCACAUCGACGAAUCACGCCGCUGCAAACAGCGAUGUUGCACUGGGCGUCCUCUCCCAUGCCGGGCGAUGGGUGCGCGGUGUGCUGGAGAUGUUUGGCUUGACACUGCCGUCGCCAAGUGGAAGCAGCAGCAGCAGCAGCACUACUACUACUGAUGGCAGCCGCGCGGCUGGUGUUAUCGACGCGUGCGUGGAGCUGCGUAGCACUGCGCGCGAGAUUGCGCUAUCGAGUGGCGAUGCGGAUGUGAAAGGAAGAUUACUGGCAGCAUGCGACGCCACCCGCGACCAGCUUGGGUCGCAUGGCGUGGAGGUUCGGGAUGCGCGCACUGGCCCCUCAUGGCGAUGGAAGCCCGAGUGAUGUGUCUGUGUGUGUGUGUGUGUGUGUGUGUG